AUGGCAUUAGCACUCGAAUUAGAACCAUUUAAUGGCAGCAGCGAUCAAAACAUAUCAGAUUGGCUUACUAGAUUCAAUGUAUUAUGUACUAUAGCCAAUAUUCAAAGUGAGAAACGCCAUUUAGUAUUACCAUGGUUUCUGAAAUCGGAAAGAGUGAUAAACUGGUUCAUUGAUACAGAUUUCGAUCAUUUAAGUUGGGAAGAUCUACAAAGAACAUUGAUAAAAACCUUUGGAUCACACGAGCAUCAAUUUCAUCCACAACACCAUCAGAUAGUAUAUGACCAAUACUCGUCGACAUCAGCAGAUAAUUAUGAGUUAUUACCAUCUGCACUCGAAAAUGAACCCCUAGUGAACUGGCCUUCCGAUAAUGAACUAUGGUAUGUACGCGAAAUGCGACAACAACGUGAAAUUUUUAUGAAAGCACCAUUGACAAAAAUAGAAGCUACUGUUAAUUAA